AUGCGCGGCUUUGUGCCCGUCCCUUGCGAUGAUCGCUUUGAGGUGGCUGGGAGCUCAAUGCAGCUUCGCCAGUCGGCUGGAUGGAUGCCAGGGCCUGGCAUCGAGCGGGACAAAGAUUUUUGGUGGAAGAGACUGCGGUGUCCAGUCUUUGUAGUGUUAGUUUUGGCGUUCACGGUGGCUUGGCUAGCUGGUCGAACGGACAAGACUGCCGAGCCAGAAGAGCAGGCUUCUUCUGGUGCGAUUCUGCUGGUGGGAGGUGGUUCUUGCCCCCUCGAUUGUGGGCAGUCUGUUGCAUGCACUGCAGGUGCUUCAAAACCCGUCAUUCCGCAGAGGGACUGUCCAUUUUUCGCAUCUGGUGGGCCCAGUCCCGGUGUCACUUCAGCUGUGAUGGAUUUGCAAGGCUGUAAUUUUGCACCCAUGGAUGAGUUUAACACUUCCUGGACAGUAAACGUCUUUCAAGCACCUGGAUCGUAUUUCUAUGAAGUGCAAGUUGGUGUUCCCUUUAUUCCGUUCGUUAUUGAAGAUGGCUUCAAAGAUUUUACCACGCCGACAGACUUCAAUGUGCUGAAUGUGAACAAUCCUGUGCCAAACAGUGACGAUCCGAAGCUCGAGAUUAUAUCAUUGGCUUUUGCCAAUGACACGGUCUUGUUCUUUGCGAACAGCAGUGAUGGUCCACUGUUCUCGUUGCAGUUGUUGGAAGUCCUUCCCGUCACUCCUCUGCGUCGCCUCAAUGACGAGAGAAGACUUGCAGAAGACUUUUUUGUAUGUCCUGGUGGAUGCGUGAUCUCAAGCCUUUACGUCAAUGAUGAUUUCUGCGACUGCCCGGAAACUUGUCAGGACGAAGAUUCCUGGACUUGUGCCACCUGUGGUGCCCCUGCGCCAUCGCCUCCGGUGACGCCACAGCCAGAGGUCGAAAGUCAGGCCUUGAAGAAGACGUCCAUCGGAGUCGGCGUUGGCAUCGGGGUGGGCGGUGGCCUUGCCCUUGGCCUCGGUCUAGGGAUCGGGCUUGGGACGGGCGUCGGGACCGGUGGUGGUGUGGGGACGGGCUCCGCGGCCUCAGCUGCAGCGGCAGCGGUUUCGGCUGUCGCUGCCUUCAGCGCAGAGGGCUCGCUGAAGCUCAAAGUGGACAAUCCGCAGAUACUGGAGACGGAAGCUUUCACCAAUGCGAUCAAGCGCUCUAUUGCUCGAAUAGCCGGGAGCUCUGUGGUUGCAGCAAUGGUGGAGCUCAUCAUCGGCUGUGCGGCUGCCAGCCGGAGGCUGGCUUUGGCUUCCCUCUUGCGUCGGCUGGCGCAGACCGUGGACGUGUGCUUCAAGAUUGGUGUGGAACAGGAGGACGUAGCAGAGGAGGUUUGCGACACUUUGGCGGGAUACAAUGCAGCCACUGUUGCUACUGUGAUUUCUUCAGAAAUCCUCGAUUCCGGCAUUGAUCCAGGGCAAGUUAGCGUGAUAGGCUACGAGCCGAACCCGAAUCCGCGGGCCAACAACCCGAAUGCGCCGAGUGAUCCGAUCGACACUCCUUUUGUCCCUGGCACGAGCGGAAUCAGCUUGGGAAGCGCUCCAAAGGAGAGGCUUCUCCAACCUCGCGGCACAAAACGAGUCGAGCUUCCGUGA